UCGAGGCAGACUUCAGUUUGGAUAGCAAGCAGAGGGCUUCUCUUAUAUGCUCCAGAGAGACGAGGAUGACAUCGUUGUUAUCGCUUGUGGUGGUGGCGUUCUUUGCGCUACUCUUUUGCCCAGGCUGGUGCGAGACCUAUCACCAUGUCUUCCAUGUGAAAGAGGCAUCUUACACUCGGUUGUGCAGAACGAAGAAGAUUUUGACGGUCAACGGACAGUUUCCGGGGCCUACUUUACAUGCUUACAGAGGAGACAAGUUGGUCGUCAAGGUCUACAACAUUGCACAAGAGAAUGUAACCUUACACUGGCAUGGAGUAAAGCAACCAAGGAAUCCAUGGUCAGAUGGCCCUGAAUCCAUUACCCAAUGCGCUAUCCAGCCCGGAUCCUCCUUCAUCUACACCAUCACGUUCACCGACGAAGAAGGCACGCUUUGGUGGCACGCCCACAAUGACUACACCCGGGCCACCGUUCACGGCGCCAUCGUCGUGUACCCCAGACAUGGGACCUCGUACCCCUUCCCAAAGCCCAGUGGAGAAGUCGUCAUAGUACUCGGAGAGUGGUGGAACAAGGACGUGAAUGCAGUACUUGAGAAGGCCCUUGAAACAGGAGGAGAGCCUAACGCGUCGGAUUCGUUCACUAUUAAUGGACAACCCGGCGAUCUCUACCCGUGCUCCAAGCCAGGUACUUUCAGAAUGCUUGUAGAACAUGGCAAGACCUACCUCCUCCGAAUGGUGAAUGCUGCAAUGGAUGACGGCCUAUUCUUCUCGAUCGCCGAUCACCUGCUCACUCUUGUUGGGUCUGAUGGGAGCUACACCAAAGCACUAACUACAGACUACAUCCUGAUAAGCCCAGGCGAGACCAUGGACCUGCUACUGAAUGCCAACCAAUCCCCUAGAAACCUCUACUACAUGGCGGCAAGAGCAUUUAGCUAUCAACCGGUCAACAAUAUCGACAACACCACCACCACUGCCAUCGUCCAAUACAAGUCCCAUUACACCCAACGGUCCACCAACCCUCUCCUCCCAACUCUUCCCUUCUACAACGAUACUGAAGCAGCUUCCAAGUUCAGCUUUUCAAUCCGUAGUCCCGCAGGCAUGCACUGGCCCAUCAAUUGCCCUCAAAGGUUCGACCAACGGAUGAUAAUAGCAGUGGCCGUGAACGAGCUCGAGUGCCAAUUAAGUGGCUCGUGUGAAGGACCUAAUGGCACCAGGCUCUCAUCGAGUCUUAACAACAUAAGCUUCGUGAACCCGCCCAUAGAUAUCCUUGAAGCAUAUUACAAGGGGAUAAAUGGGGUUUUUGGUACAAGUUUUCCGAGCAGGCCCUUGCACUACUACAAUUUCACAGCGGAGUACCAGCCGCUGGAGCUUUUGAAGCCUAGGCUGGGGACGAUGGUUAGGGUUUUGGAGUAUGGGGCGACGGUGGAGAUUGUGUUCCAGGGCACGUCGCUGGUGAGGGCUGAGAGCCAUCCCAUGCACUUGCAUGGCUUCAGCUUUUACGUGGUGGGGUGGGGAUUUGGGAAUUUUAACGAAGAGAAGGAUCCAUUAGGAUAUAACUUGGAGGACCCUCCGCUGAAGAAUACAAUUGGAGUUCCAAGGAAUGGAUGGGUGGCCGUCAGGUUUACAGCUAAUAAUCCUGGGGUGUGGCUCUUGCACUGCCAUUUGGAGCGCCAUCUCAUCUGGGGAAUGGCCACCGUGCUCAUAGUGAAAGAUGGUGAGGGCCCGGAGGCAAAGCUGCUGCCUCCACCUCCUCACAUGCCUCCGUGUUAAACCCUACCUGGAAGCACAAUUGGAUCCAUAUUUGUUAUUUAGACGAGCUUGUUAUGGAUUCUUAGGUUUCAUCUAUUAUAUAUUGUGAGAAAAUACUGUUUGUAUUUGAUGUUGGCUGUGAAAGCUUUGACAAGAUCAUAUUAGAAGAAUAAUUCCUACCAUUUUCAAUCA